AAAUUAUCAAUGUCAAGAUUUUAGUAUGGUAUAAGGAAUGGUUUUACAGCAAGCAAUUUUUAAUAGCCACUACCGUAAUUAUCUUUUUAAAAUAAUAGAAUACAUCAACCUUCUUUACGUUAAAAUAAUAAUAAUAUAUUUAGAGGGUAGACAUAAGAGAAAAAAACAUAAGAAUAACCUAUUAAGUAAAUGAGUUAGCCUCAAUCGAAUUUGACAGAAACAAAACCAAAUCCAUUAAUAAAAAUUCCAGAAAAAUCGUAAAUAACAUCAUCUAAUAAUUUUGGAAAGAAAAAAAAUCAUCAUUAAUUAUAGAAAGUUGUUACAAAAAUGGAAAGAAAUAAUGAUGAUAAUAGUAUAAAUGGUAUUAAUAAUAAAAUUCAAAAUCAUUAAAACAUAUUAUAGAAAAUCUAAUAAAAUAGAUAUUAUAUUGAUGAUUUGAUUACAGCAUUUUAGGAUGAAACAGUUAGUUUUUCUAAAUUAUUUCGAGAGAAUUUCGUAAAUUCCUUUAAUUUUAUACCAACAAUAAAAUAAGUGUAAUUUUUUUAAGCUGAAGAUAAAGAAAUAUAAGAAAAAAAAAUUAGAUUAGAACCCUAUCCUUAAAAUUUGAAAUGUAAUUAAUUUUAUAAUUAAUUUAGUUAAGAAGACAGUAAUUUUUGAUUUAGAUGAAACAUUAGUUCAUUGUAAUGAAGAAGAAAGUAUGUGUUCAUAAGUAGUGUUACCUAUAACAUUUCCAACUGGAGAGAAAGUUAAUGCUGGAAUCAAUAUUAGACCUUUUGCAGAAAAGAUUAUUAAAUUAUUAAGUGAUGUAUGUGAAGUUAUGAUUUUUACAGCUUCUCAUGAAUGUUAUGCAAAUGAAGUAUCAUUUUAUAUAAAUUAUAAGGUCAUAAAUUAUUUGGAUCCUCAAUAAAGAGUGAAAAGAAGAAUUUUUAGAGAUAGUUGUGUUACUGAUGAAAAUUCAACUUAUUAUAUUAAAAAUUUAGAAGUUAUUGAUAGAGAUUUAAAAGAUAUAGUUAUAGUUGAUAAUGCAUCAUAUAGUUUUGUGUAAUAACAUUAAAUUAUUUUAGUCAUCAUUUAGAAAAUGGUAUACCUAUAAUCUCAUUUUAUGAUGAUAAAUAAGAUAAUCAAUUAAUUAAAUUAUAUAGGUUCUUAAUUCACAAAGUCUUACCAUUAGAAGAUGUUCGAACUUUAUUAAAAGAAUAUUUUAAAUUAGAUUAAAUUGAUUAAUUUUAAACCAUUGUUGAAGCGAUUGAAAAGAUGUAUUGUAUUGAAUGA